AUGGGAGGUCCUAUGGGAAGUCCUAUGGGGGAGGUCCUGGGGGAGGUCCUAUUGGAGGUCCUUGGGGGGGUCCUUGGGGAGGUCCUAUCGGAGGUCCUGGGGGGAGGUCCUUGGGUGAGAUCCUGGGGGGGGUCCUUGGGGGAGGUCCUAUGGGAGGUUCUUGGGGGUGGCAUUGGGGGGAGGUCCUUGGGGGAGUUCCUGGGGGAGGUCCUUGGGUGA